AUGGGUCUGACGUCAGUGGUGAGAAUAAUGGAGGCGGCGGCAUCGGCCAUGCUGGCCUCUCACCACCACCAGGAAAUGACGAUCUCUGGAGAUCGCGCUACGGGUGCGGUUGCGGAGACGACAACUGAGGCGCCUCGUAAAUCGCCUCGAAAAUCGCCUCAAAGAUCGCCGCACGACGCGGCGGGAUCGGCCAUGCUGGCCUCUCAUCACCACCUCCAAGAAAUGGCGGUCUCUGGAGAUUGCGCUACGGGCGCGGGUGCGGAGGCGACACGCCUUAGAAGCUCCGCGCACUCCCCGCAACCCGCGCAACCCGCGCAGUCUCCGCAAUCCGAGAUCGUUCCUGUCGGGGACGCGGGGAGCGGCGCGCAGGCGCAAGCGCAAGCGCUAGAUCCGGCGGAGAAGCGGCUGCUGGAGCUGGGGUACCGACAGGAGCUGAAGCGACGCCUGGGCUGGCUAGAAAUCUUUGGCGUGUCAGCAGCGGUCAUGAACCCAUACAUGACGGCCGUGCCCUUCUUUGGCUUCGCGCUGCUGCAAGCCGGGCCUGUGGGCGUGGUGUGGCCGUGGGUUGUUCUCGCUCCCUUCGCCCUCUGCAUGGUGCUUGUUAUCGCUGAAGUCUGCUCCUCCUUCCCCACGUCAGGCUCGCUCUACUUCUGGGCGGCCAGCCUGUCCCCCCCGCGGUGGAAGCCACUGGUGGCGUGGGUGACGGUGUGGCUCGAGGUGAUCGCGCUCUCUGUGUGCGCCAGCAGCAUCGCCUUCCCAGCGGCGCAGCUGGUGCAGAUGAUGGUGCACCACAUGGCAAGCGGGGAGCACCUCGCCUCCACGGCCUUCUUCUUCGCCCUCUACUGCGCGCUGCUGCUCUCCUGGGCGCUCCUCAACUCCCUCUCCCUCACCUGCAUCUCGCGCCUCCUCGAUUGCUACGUCUACUUCGCUGUGGCCUACACCAUCACCAUCGUGACAGUGCUGCCAGCAGUAGCAGUGGAGCUCAAGCCACCCUCCUUCAUUUUCCUCGAGUACCAGUCAGGCUGUCCCAUCACAGGCGUGUGCUCACUGCUCCCCUCGCUCAUCCUCGCCGGCCUGCUGCCACACUUCUCCUUCUACGGAUUUGAUUCUGCUGCCCACGUCACAGAGGAGACAAGGAACUCGGACGUAUCGGGCCCGAGGGCCAUCCUGGGGUCGUUUCUGGUGCAGGUGGUGUUUGGUUUCGCCAUCCUCGUCACCUUCACCGCCUGCAUCCAGGGCGACUACCGCACUCUCUUCACGGCAGAGGGCUCGUCCUUCAUGGAUCCCGUCGUGCACCUCCUCAUAUCCCUCUUCACCGCUCGCUAUGGCUCCGCCACCGGCGCCUACGUGCUCCUCUUCCUCAUGGUCAUCCACUUUUAUGCCGCCGGCUUCGGGGUCACGCUCGCGUCCUCGCGGGCCAUCUAUGCGGCCAGCAGGGAUGGCGCCAUGCCAUGGUCGCGCGUUUGGCGGACCCUGUCCAGGCGCAACCGCAUUCCUGUCAGGGCCAUCUGGCUGUCUACCUUCAUCGCCAUCAUUUUCGGCGUCCCCAGCUUCUUCUCUCCGACGUUCUUUGGAACAGUGGCAGCGGUGACGUCAGCAGCCUGGCUGGGAACAUACGGCAUUGUCGUCUUCUUCCGCCUCAUCAUCCCUCCGCACCGCUUCAAACCUGGCCCCUUCUCCCUCGGCCGCUGCGCGCGGCCGCUCUGCGUAGUGGCACUGGGCUAUAUAGUGUACACCAUCGGGGUAUUCAUGGCGCCAAUCUUCUACCCUAUCACGUGGGAGACCUUCAACUAUGCCCCCAUUGGCGACAGCCCGACGACAUUUGGUAACCAGAUCGAGAACACGAUGCGGUGGGAGGAAUUCUCCAUCACGCAAGCCGUGCCUAAUCUUUGGAACCUCGCAGCGCGUGACUCGUUGGACGGCAAGCAGCUGGCUGCUCUGCCGGCAGCUGCACUGACGGAAGGAACCAGUCAGCCGGCAGCGCAACCAGCAGACGGUCAGAAGGUCGGUGGAAAGCGGCAGCUUCCGGCCGAGGGAUUGAGUCCGACCCGAUGCUCCCCGCGACUGAAGAAACGACAGGAGAUUGCUGCACUGGCGGUCUCCUCGUCGCCGAGACCCCUCUUCGCGAUGUCGCCUCCAGCGUCGCCGAAGUCGCCGAAAUCGCCCAAAGCCCCUAGGUCGCCGAAGACUUCCAAGGUCGCGGAGUCUGUGUCGCCGAGGCGAUCGCCGAGAAAUCAUGCGAAAUCUCGCUUGGCGUUGAAGUGUGCGGGGGAGGUCGCAGAGUCGCACGGGCGAGGGAAGGCGACAGCAGCAGCGUCGCCGGCAGCAGCCUCUCCUAAGCCUGGAGAACGGGCGAAUCGGAGGGUGAACACUCGUUGUAAGGACCGACGUAACUUUGAGGAGUGGAUUCAGAAGGACGACGGGCUCAGUACCGUCGGUACCGCGGCUGAGGAUGCGAAGAAAAGCGGCGGCGGAAACGAUCGUGAGAAGGCACCCGUGGAAGGGAAGACUGGAGAGGCUGAGGAAGGAAAGUCGGAGCCAGCGGCUGUUGCCGGCAUUGUCCGCAAUGUUAGUGCGGGGAAAGGGAGCUCGGGGCUCGUCGACCCAGCCCACGUCGUCGCCGAGAAGCAGAACCCGCCAAUGGCGGUCUCGGCAAUGUCAGCCGCGACGCCUGAGGGAGCGGCUGGCGGGGAGCAGGCGGCUGCAGCGUGCGACGGAGUGACGCCGGAGGAGGCCGUCGCGCGUUCGGGCUUGCUGUCGUCGUUCCUCAGUCCGGGGCUCGACGACGUGAAGGGCAUGGGGCUGGGGUUCUCGCUCACCCCCGUCGACAAGUCCAGGGCCGCGAUCACAGAACCCGAACGCGGCGCAGUGGCGGUCACGGCCGCGGCGGCGGCGGCAGCUGAAGCAGCAGGAGAGGGUAUCGCUCCCGCGCCUGAACAACUCAUGUCGUCGUUUCUGACCCCUGGUGUGUUGGACCACAGCGAUGGGGACCUUGACGGGCUGCUCGAGACGCCGGACGGGGCUAGCUCAGGCGUGGGGAGGCGUACGGGCGGUGCUGAUUGGUUGGAUAGUGCGCUACUGGGCUUGGAAAAGGGUGUUGGUGCUGCGGGUUUCGCGGGUGAUGCGGGGAGUCCGCUGCAGCUGGUGGGUGAGGCGGUCGCGCUGGAUCCGCUUCCGCGCGUUCCGCUGGAUCCGCCUCAGGAGUGCGCGCCGCUGCGUCUGGAGAGCGCGCUGAACGCCGCGCUGUUGCUGCCGGCGCCACUCGCGGCGAACGAUCAGGCGGAUGGAGCGGCGGCUGUUGGGAAGCUCUCCGGCGAUGGUGCCUUCGGCUCCCCGCAGGACCGCAUUGCGGGAGAGGGGGGUGGCGGCGAAGGGGCAGAGGGCGGAGCAGCGGGGAGUUACGGUGGGGAAGGUCGCGCGCGCGAGAGCGUGGGGAAGAAGGGGCGGCGGGAAAGCACUGGCACGAGUCCGGAACCAGGUGCUUGGAGGGAGAGCGGGAAGGAGGGCGGUGGAGAGGCGGGGGACGCGGGGGAAGCGGGGGGCAGAGUCGAGGAGAUGGCGGGAGAGGAAGAGGCGGCAACUGAGUUUUCCACAAUCGGCCGAUUCCCCUACCUGACUGCCCGCCCCGCUGUCACCGCGUCCGUGGGCGGGAUGGCUCCUAUCGAGGCGGGGACGGGCGCGGAGGAGAUGGAGACUCCGCCGAGGCGGGUGGCGAAGAGCAGGAGCGGCGGAGGCGGUGCGCGCGAGGCGGAAGGCGGUUCGCCGAGGGACGGGGACUCGCCCAUCAUGGGUGUGGUGUCCGCCGGCAAGGAGGGCGCGGGCGGCAGCGCCAGGCAGGACGGAAAGGUUGCGCGGAGUGGGGGGAAACGGGGGGAUGCGGAAGAUGGAGAGAACGGGGGGGAUGAGGGUGAUGCGGAGGAGCGGAGUAUGGGGCUGGUGGGGUGGAGCGAGGGAGUGAGGCGGGCGUUUGAGGAUGUGGAGAUGGGGGAGGAGCUGGUGGGGGGGUUCGAUCUGGCGGAAGUGGGCUGGGGGGAGGAGAUGGCGGGCGGGGUGGGCGGAGGAAUGGAGAGUGCGGAGCAGGCGCGCAUCCGCGGCGUCCGGUGGCUCGAGUGGUUCUUUUCCAUGGCUGGGAUGUCGCUAGAGAAGCGCAAGUCGGGGGUGCUGGAGCAGUCCCCCUGGACUCCGCGCACGCCCAGGGAGCGCGCGGGGGAAGCGAGUGCGGGAGAGCGCCUGUUCCGCCGCGUGUGCCUGCAGCCGCAGGAGGAGGCGGUGGAGAAGCUGUGCGCGGAGCUGCUGGCGCGGGUGGCCGAGGAGCAGCAGCAGACAGACGCGCUCGAGGCAGCCAUGACCACCAGCAGCACGGCACUCGCCCAGCUCGCUGCUCAAGGCAACCCCGAGCAGCAGAAGGUGCUCAAGGAGCGGCUGCUCGCCCUCAAGAGCCUGCUCAGGAGUGAGGUGACAUUUGAGGCGACUCAAAAGCACAAGGUGCUCAAGGAGCGACUGCUCGCCCUCAAGAGCCUGCUCAGGAUGGAGACGAAGGCGGAGUGGCAGAGGGUGCGGACGCAGCUGGAGGCGGAGAGGAGCCGCGCCCUGGACCACGCCGAACGCAUGCUGCAGGUGGAGCAGCAUCGGGUGACGGAGCGCAGGGCGGCGGAAGAGGCAGCAGCGAGGCGAGUGGGCGAGCUGCUGGCGGACGUGAGGGCGAGGAGGGCCGCGGCAGAGCGAGCGCUCAAGGAGAGGGAGGAGAAGGCAGCGGCGCAUCAGCAAAGCCGGCUCCAGGAGCUGAGACAGCAGAGGCAGCGUCUGCUGGAGGAGACGGACGCCAUGCGGAGAGAGCUGGCCGCGCGCCACGAGGCCCUGCAGGCCCGCUGCCAGCCCAUGGGCGAGCCCCAGAUGCAGACACAGACAAGGACACAGUCACAGGCGCGGAUACAGUUACAGCCACAGACAGUGGCUCAGCCUGCGCCUGGGACGGCAGAAGAAGGAGGUUUCAGGGCCGCUGCAGGGAAGACCGGGGUGGAAGGUGCUGAGGGAGAGAACACGGGUGCUGUGUCGGACCCUGUCAGAGCUGCCAAGAUAACGGAGUUUCUGCAGGGGUGGAGGCUGCGUGAGUACCAGCAGUCACAAGACGGCACCCAGAUGGACCUCGUGCUCUCCGUGCUCCACUUUGUCACCCUCAGAGUGCACAUCGACCUGGCGACAUCUUCCUUCUCCCUCUCGCCAGCCAUCAACCAUUCAGUGGUCGCCAAGCAAUUCCCUCUCUUUGAGGUGGUGCCUGCAAUGGAAGCGCUGGUGGUUGGGCCUACAGGAGGUUCCUCUCAGCCGCGUUCCUCGCCCCUCACUGCUGCUGCCCUCGCCGCUGCUUACCAGGGAGUGCUGCUACGAGCAGGGCGCACACACGCGUUGGUGCAGGAGCUGUGGGAGCAGAGGCAGCAGCUCAUGAGGGUCAUGCCAUGCCUUACCAUGCAGCCAUAUGGCACCUCAGGUGAUGUCGUGGUGCGGGCUUCGUUCGUGCAAUUUGAUCCCUUCACCAAGGUCAUUCUCAGCUGUCGCAUUCCCUACCAAAUAAGACACUUCCUGUUCUCCUCCCAAUGCCCCCCCUGCAGCGGCAUGUCUUAUCCAUUCAUGCGCCCCCACGUGGAGGUGGAGGUGCCUCACAGCCGCAAGCUGCCUGCACAGCAGGUGCAGCACGCAGUGGCAGCAGCAGCAGCGGGGGUGCCUGAGGGGUAUGGGCUCAUGGCCCGCAUGCUGCAAGCGGUGGCAGGUACCCUCCAGACUCUCAUUGGGAAUUGA